ACAAAACAAACGAAUAUGUCAAAUCUGACUUUAAGUUUUUAUAAAAUGGAAGAUCAUAAUUCGGCGGCAGCCAAUCCGGUCCCAGGUCCCAAUGAAGAACCCAACAGUAACAGCAGCAGUCUAACGUUGUCAAUUACGCCGCCUUUAUCGGACCCGCCGAAAGAUGAUAGUAGUACAAUUUCAGAGCAUUUGUCGAGCAUAGAAAAUGACAGAUCGAUGCAAGAAAUCGAGGUAACUAGUUUGCCUGGACAUUUUUCGUUGUUGCUACAAAAUUUACCUUCCGAUGAUGAGAGGAUAUCACAGGAACCUAAACCGCCGUCAGUGAACUCUAGUUUUAAUAGUACCAGUAUUAUUAGUUUGAAUGGUUUAGAGAAGUUCGUGAGUACAAAUAUGGAAGGCAGGAAUAAUGCUCAGAGUAUAUUAGAAGAGAUACUUAACAACGAACAGUUUAAGUCUGACACAGAGUCAAAAGAAGAGAGUUUAGAUAUUUUUGCAAAUGUAGAUUUAGAUGACAAACUUUUGAACAGUUAUAAUGGGGAAAAAAGUGCAAACUUUACUUUAGGUGAUAGUUUAAAGAAUGAUAGUGUGAAUAGUAACGAUGAGGUUUACAAAAGAGUGCGUGAUUUUGAGGAAUUGAUCGCAAUUAAAGACACCACAAUAGCUGCCUUAACAUCAGAGUUGGAUUCUUUUCGAGAGUUAAUAAGUAACACUUCCACUAACAGUCUUGGGACAAGUACAACAGAAUAUAAACAGUUUCAAGAAGAGUGCCAUAGCAAGUUAGUGGAAUAUCACAAUGCCAUAGUCCACAAGGAUGAGCAAAUAGAAAAACUCACCAAUUCCCUACAACAGUCGAUUCUCAAUCGAGAAGAAAUGAAACAACACUUCAAAAAUGAAGUUGGCCAGUUACAAGAACAACUUGAAAAAACCUCAAAUUUGCUCAAGGAACACAAAUGCCUGCAAAAGACUGAGUUCGACUUUGAUGAAACUUGCUCAAAAUUUGAAACCGUUUUGGAUUCUGCACAAGUUCCUUUAUUCAGUAAGGUAAAAAUGGCCUUUAACAAUCACGUUGAACAUAAAAGAAAUGAACUGGAGAACGAAAUCAGCAAAUUGAAGAGUCAGUUUGACAGUGCUAAACAAGAACAAGACGCCGAAAUUUCCCAUUUGAGGGAAUUGUUAGAAAAUGUUAAACCCUUUUCUAGUGACGUGUUGGAGUUGAAGCAGGAAUUAGACACUAAACAUUCUAAGGAAAUGGAGGAGUUGAGGACAUAUUUUGAAAAGAAGUGUGCUGAUUUGGAAAAAAACUACUCGGAAGAGGUUUUCAGUCAACAAAGUCGCAAAAUGUCGGGUUCCAGCUCAUGCUCAGACACCGAACUUUCGUCAGAUUUCGUUUUCAACCAGCCUGGUCCAGGUGGUGACAAUAAAAUUGAAUACACAAAGAAAGAUGUCACAAAGAUGAAGCAAACUUUGGCUCAAGUAGUUAGUUUAUUGGACAAUUUUAAUCUGGACGAGCUUACUGACGACGAAUUUGAUCAUCUAAAGACUGAAAUUAGUAAAUUUGAACUUCGUAGUUUAAUCAAGUAUGAUUUAGCACUCAUGAAAAAUGAACUUCAAAAUAAGUAUCACGCCGAGCUUGAAAUUUUGAGGGAAGAUUUUGAUAAUCGUGUUGAUGUUUUGAAUGUAGAGCACGAGAAUAAGUUGACAAGUUUGGAGAAAAAAUAUUUGGAGGAAAUUGAUGAUUUGAACACGCAACUGAGGGGGAGGAUUUCGACUACCACUCAACAGGAAGUUGCGAACUCUGGUGAGUUCGAAAUUGACGAAGUGGUGCAAAGCUAUGAGCGACGUUUACAAGAACAAGUCACUCUAGCUAAAAUCGACAUCAUCGCUGCACUCGAAAGUCAGAUCCAGCGUCUAGUCGCCAGCGACAGCAUCGAUGACGAUUGGCCAGAAGAACUCCUCCAGCUAAAGGCGCGUUUCGCCGAAAAGUACCAACAGGAGAUCCUUCGACUCGGCGAAGCGCAUUUGGAAGAAAUCGCGCGCUUGAAAGAAGAACACGUGAAGACUCUAAACGGGGCUUUAGAGCGAGCGCGCAGGCGCAGUCUCCGAGACGCCGAUAGUUUGAGCAAGGGCGAAAUCGAGCUUCUCAAAGAGCGCGAUGCCUUGAAAAAACAAACACUCUCUUUACGGAAUUUGUUAGGGGAACUUCUUAAGUAUUUCACUCAGUGCGAAGACGAACUCAACAACACGCUAGUGGAGGAGUUAGUCACUAAAAACUUUACUCAAAUUGAGAACGAACUAGAAAUCACUUCACCUAGAGAUAGUCUGAGUAAUAUCAAGCGAGUACAUAUCACGCCGAAUUUUAACGAUCUGAUCACUUUGAUCGAUAACUCCGCCGACAAUGAUUUAGAAUCGAUUGACUUGAAGAGCGAACUAGGCUCGUGUUUGCAGAAACUGAAAUCUGACGCUAACGCGAUUUUAGCUCUUAGCACGGCUUUUAAUAAGGAGACUGAGAAAAUCGACGUUCCGAAAACAAAAAGUGGUUCACUGGAGAAAGAAAUGACUUCGUUGACAAGAAAGUUGAUAAAUGAGACGCAGAUAAAAAAUGAGUUGGCGGAACAGUUGAGUGAGGCGAAGAGUAUUGUUCAGUCUUUGGAAACUGAUCGGGGGGCGCUGGAAAAUCAACUUGAGUUGUUGUUGGAGAGUCAGAAGGUGCUUGAGAAUGAUUUGUUACAUGCCAGAGAAAAAAUCGCCGAGUUGAUAGAGAAUGGUCACAAGGAGAUCGUGUCAGAAGGGUAUGGAGAAAAUGGAGAGAGAGCUGUGAGAGGUUUAGCCGAAGCGGUAGCUAGUUUGGCUGUGUUACAAGAAAAGGUAAGAAGUUUGAGCGAAAGUCCCCGUGGUUUGGACACGAACACGAUGCAUUUAAUAGAAGAUUUGGCUAGAGUUGGCGAUAAAAUUGUUGAAGAGGCUCGCAGAGAACGGGAUGACUACAAACAGCAGAUCGAGGCCGCCGACAAGAAAUACAAAGUAACUUGUCAGUUUUUGGAGGAGCAAGCCGCCGAACGCGAACAAGAGCGCGAUGAGGCACAGAAGGAGAUCAAUUUGUUAAAAGAGCAAUUGAAGGACAGAGAGAAGGAUAGGGCCAGCUGUGAGCGUAUAACGAAUGAGGUCGAGCACCUGGAACAGCAGCUGCGCGAGAUGUCGAAACUGACUGACGCCGCAGAAAGGCGCUGCAAAGAGGUCGAAGACGAGCACAAGGAAGCCGUCGACAAGAUUUACGAACUCCGAGACAUCAUCCGCGACCUCGAGGACCAAGUCAAAACAAAAACAACCGCCGAGGAGGAGUUACGAAACAUCGUCGACGAAUUGGAGCUCAUAGUAAAGCACCAAAACAACGACGAAGAGACGCGCCCGACCGAGCCGUCGCGCGAUGUUUCGGACGUGGAGAAGCUUCAUCAGUACGUCGGAAGCCUCGAGAGCGAGGUGCAGAAGCUGAGGCUGAGCAGCGAGAUCGCGGGGAGCGAAGGGGCGCUGCAGCAGAUUAAGAAUCACUUGUGCGAGUUCGAGACCACUCUUGAUAAGCGGACCAAGGAACUGGAAGGGCUGCAUUCGGCCGUGUCGACGAGUUGCAGUUCGCCGAGCGAAGAUAUGUCGAUUCGGGAUGUCGUGCAUCAGGAUAGGUCGGUGUAUGAUGAGUGCGAGGUGCCUCUUCAGCAGUUGGCGCGAUUGAAGGAGAAGUUGAUGAGGCAUUCGAGGGCUGAGGAUGCGGCGGUUAAGAGGAUUAGGGAUUUGGAGUUGCAGUUGUUGGCUUUGAAGAGGGAUCUUGAGGAUUCACAAAACGAACGCGAAAUCCUCCGAAAACAAACCUCCGACCACCUCGUCCUAAUCUCAAACCUCCAGAUCCGCCUCGACGAACAGAGAAUCCGCGCGGAACACAUAGAAAAACAAACCAAUACCUCCCUAGAAGUACAAAAUUACGAUCUCAAGAACACCAUCGCAUCCCUAGAAGAAAAAAUAUCGAAACGCGACAAAACGAUAUCACAGCUAAAAACCAGCAUCGAAGAGACCAAAAAACGCCUGGAAGACCGCGAAAACGAACUAGCCGCCAACAAAGAAGACGACAUGGUAGUCCAAAUGCAAGAGCAGUUGGAGCUUCUGCGUUCCGAAAACCUGAAACUCAAAUCGAAAAUCGACAAAGAGGCGCAGAUGUUGCCGAAUUUGGUGGAGAAUAUAAUUUCGGAUAAAAAUAGCGAUAUUGAGAAAUUGAGGGAGAAGUUGGAGGAGACUGAAAGACAGCUGGAACUGUUUAGUUCGCUCAAUUUGGAUAAAAAGGAAAUUGAGUCGUUGGAUAAAUUGCGAUUGUCGGGUAUAUCGUUCCAUGAUAUAAUCGAUUUAGAAAAUUUAGAGCACGGUAGAAAAGAGAAAAUUUCGAGCGAAAGUCUUCAGCUGUCUCCAAUCGUUCCCUUGAAACGUAACGACAAGACAGCGUUCCUAGAGAGCCAGCCUGAAAUUUCCACCAUCGAGAAAGUCGCUUCUUCGAAUCUCUUCUAUUCGCUACAAGUACCUCAGGCCAAAGCCAACUCCACAGCGAAACACGUUCGGUUCGAAGAUGAAGUAGAAGCCACUAAAGUCGUCGAUCUUCAGAACGUUAUCGCCGAAAAAGACCAAUUAAUUCAAGACUACAAAGCUCGUCUCGAAAAACUUCAAGAUCUUCAAGCAAACGUAGAACAGUUGCAAAUCACUUUGGAAGAAACCGAAGCCAGUUUGAAGAAAGCCACUGAAACCUUCCACGAAGAACAGAAGGAGAAUGAAGAACGAAUGAAAGAUAUACGGUUGGAAUUAGCGUCUCAGCGCUGCAAAUUGACCGAAAGAGAGGAAGAGUUGAGAGCAUGUCAGGCAGAACUGGAAGACGAAAAAAGUCGUGCUUUGGAGAGAGAAAAAGAGUUGAAAUCUCUCCAAAAACUUAAAUCUGAAUUGAAAACUACCUUGAAAGUUAAAGAGAGCGAGCUGAAGAGUCACGAAGAAACUCUUAAACUACAAAAUGAAGAAUUGAAGAAGCUUCAAGACGAUGUUGCGUCUUUGAAGAUACGGAACGACGGUGUUGACAAAACUGUGAAACAGAAGGACGCAGAGGUGGCUAAAUUGAAGAAACAGAAUGAAGAUGUGAGUAAGGAGUUGAACCACGUGCAACAUCUUCUUGCUGAGAAGGACAAGAUUAUUGAUCAGAUGGAAGUAGAUAGUAAAAGUCUUCAUGUCAAUUUGGAAACUAUUCAAAAUAAGUUACAAGAGACUGGUAAUGUGGUUGACUUAGGAAGACGCUUACGGGAAGAACAGAAAAGGAAUUCUACUCUCUAUGACGAGUUGCAUGAAUUGAAGGCACAGCUUUUGGGAAUUGAGAAGAAAUCCAUUGAAGAUAUAACUGAUCAAGUGCAAAGGGAGCUGAAUUACUCAGCUUACUUAGAUUCUACUCUAAUCAAUGCUGUUAGCGACGGCUCAAUGGAAAGUGAAGAUUUGGAAGCUUUGCGAUUAUCGUUGAAGAAACAGAAAUCUGUUAAUAAACAGCUAGUUAAAAAUAAGGAAUUAGUGGAAAAGAGGUGCGACGAGUUGGAACAUAAGUAUGAAAACGUGAAGAAAGAGUUAGAUAAGGUUCAGUACGAAGAUGCUAUGUUGAUUGGGGAGUUGAGGACAAAACUCGAGCAAGCGUUACAGAAUGAAGUUGAAUUUGAUAGAAUUUUAAGAUCACAAAAGAGCGACAGGGUUGAGCUUCAAAGUCAGUUGAAGUCGAUGAAACAGAAAGUUUCUAUGUUGAAUUCAAAGACUAACUCUCUACCAGAGAUAGACCAUGAGUAUAGAGGUCUAUCUAAAAUUAUUUCUACGCUGGAAGAUGAGAACUCAGAUUUGAGACUUCAAGUUGGACGCCUUCAAGAUACCACUAGAGUUGAAAUUACGACAAAACUUGAAGAUAUCACCAAGCUCGAAAGUAAAUUAUCAGAAGUAACUUACAGCGAGCAGAUAUUGAAAGAUAGAUUAGACAGAACCAAAGCGGAAUUGGAACUGAAGACAAACGAAGCAGCAAGGAACAAAAAAUUAAUGGAGGACAUGCAGCUGGAACAUAAGAAACUAAUAAAACAAUUAGAACAAAAACUAAAAUCCCCUGACUCCGUGUCAGAUCAACUUAUGGCAAAAAUUCACGAACUAAACGACAUCGUCAAAAACGACAGAUUAAUGAUGGGUGUGAUAGAAAGACUAAGAUACGAAAACGGCGUACUUGAAGACCGAAUAGCCAUUCUAGAAGACCGCAAAACUAACAAUCUUCCGUUUGAUGAUCCAGUAUCAAGAGCCAACUUCUUAUUCGCCAAAUAUUUACGCUCAGAGAGCUACAGAAAAGCGUUAGCUUGGCAGAAGCGGUACCUGAUUUCCUUACUAGAAACAUACCAAAACGAGCCCCUCCAUAGAAUACCGGGCUCCGAGAAUUUAGACAGGAAAAGGGCGAAACGAAGGCCUGUACAAAAUCGAUUUAAGUGUGUAGCCGUGAUGGUGGUGUCCGUUUGCCGCAUGAAGUACCUGGUGAGACGGUGGCAUUCAGGCAAGCGAAUAUCCGAGCAACGAAUAGCGCAGAACCAGCAAGUACAAUUCCAAGUGGGCCAACCCGUGUCUAGUCAGAAUUUUACCUCGAAUGUAAAUAAAUCAACGAAAAGUGCCUUAAAUCAACCGAAAACCGAUAUGCCUUGGUUCGGGAGCUCGCCGCCAUCUAAAGAACCGUCCGCCCUUAGGGUUUUUAGUUCGCAGCCGAAAGCAAGUUCGACGAAAAUUAGUCAAGACGUGGCGAAAGUUGACCUUUUGGGGAAGAAAAAGUUGGAACCGUCGGGUUAUCAAAGACGGCAGGAGGUAGGGAGACCUGGAGGGAGUACAAAUAGGGUGUUAGGUGACUCCGCUUUGACCAGUCCAGGUAUGUUGUCUAAGUAUAUUGAGAGGUUCAAUCAGAUACAGGACAGAUUAGGCUUGGAUACCUUCAAAUGAUUGGUUGUGUUUGGUUAAUCAAUUCUAGUCAUUGUUUUAUCUGAAUGACAAUCGCGUGCCUUGCCUAUUCAGGUAUCAAGUGAGAAUUUGAUCUAGAUUAAGUCCAAACUUAGGGUAGUAUUUUUUAAGAAUACUUUGUUUUUAUGCACAUUAAAAUAUUUUAAAAA